AUGGAUAGCCCACACGAAAACCUCGGCGCGAUGCCCAGCACGCAAGACCAAUUCCAAGCGGUCGGUUUAGACUUUGAUCAGCUGGGCAUGUUUUCCGAUCUCAUAUCCGGUCAAAGCAACUCGGCAGUUGAUUUCCAGCAACAGAUCGACAGCGGCAUGGCAUCGCCAUCGUCAAGCAUCUCGGGCGGCGUACCUCUGUCCGCUGAAAUUGAGGACAAUGCGGUCACUUCAGCGGGCCCAGCUGAGGCCGGCGAGCCUGAAGCCCCUGUGCCAUCCAAAAUCGGCAGCCGCUUCUCAUCUGGCGCUAUCAAAGUUCUGAGAGCGUGGUUCGAAAGGCACGAAAAACAUCCCUACCCGACACCGAAAGAUGUCGAUAGACUGCAGAAUCAAACAGGCCUGGAGCGACAGCAAAUCACCAACUGGUUUGCCAACACGCGCCGUCGCAAGAAGUUCCGGCCGCAAGGCACAUCGGCUGCGCAAGUUCCAUCAUGGACGGAGACUACGACUGGGCCCAUUGAAAUCCCAACCCGACGACCGACGCCAAUGCCGUUCGAGAUGAUGAAUCCGAUGCAGAGAUGGGAGCACUCGCCACCAGAGCACGAGCCCGCGCUCGCUUCCGAUAUUAAUCGGGCUGUUGCGGCAUCGACCGGACAAUCGAGUUUUCCGAGCCGUGCACGAUCGCCUGCCUGUGGGUUUUGCGGUGCCAAGCUCGAGACAUGGGCAGAAAGAGGAGACCAUCUUGCCGACCACUUCAAAAAUGGAAGCACCAUGACGGACUGGCAGGGAGAUUGGGGAUUUGAGCCUGCUGUGAUGGAGAUGUUGGACAAUGCCAUGCCGCCAUAUCUCAUUCGAUUCGAGUCUUUCUCAGCACUCCCAUUCACCGCAAGUGUGGGACCAGCCGAUACUGCACCAAGCGCCUACGAACUUCUCAAACUAGAGAUAGAGUACUACAUACGAAACUACUUCGAGGGCAAGGACAGUUCGCCAUCUGAUGAUGAACUCAAGUAUGAGGGGUGUAGCAUCAUCUUUGGCGCGGAAUUCUUUUCGUCGGCUCUUGGCUCAUCACCGCCCUCGUGGCUAAGAGAUAUCUUUAUGUGCUCGACUGAGAUAGCCACAAAAGCUCGUUUCCGCCCUAUGCAGCAGCUGGCUAAGCUACGCCUGAGCCAGCUCCGCAUCAACGAGCUUUCACGCUUUGUCGCCAGCACAAUGUCGCCCAAUAAUCCCAACAGCCAUAUUCCCACCGAUGAGGAGAUUCGACACCAGGCGAGAUGGGUUCUGUAUGAUGACGAUGAUCCCUGGAACCAAACGCCUGCCGACGUCGAGGAGUGGCUGCUUAAGUUUAAGAAGGAUGUAGGGCUUGCAUAG